AUGCCUUUUCGUUGCAAAUGUGGAAGAACCUUUGAAAGAUUAGAAUCAUUUGGCUCACAUACAUCAAGCUGUGCACCUUUCCAUCAUCGAAGAAUAUCCACAUCUGAUAUCAUUACAUCCAAAAAUGAAAGCAAAACAACCGAGAAGGCAAAAUUAAGCAUUGAAACAAACAAGUUUUCGCAGCAAUCACAAGACAAAGGACAAGCAAAAGAUGAUGGUGCUUUGUCAUUCUUUCCAUUGUUCAGCAAGACCAAAAAGAAGGAUAUUGAACCAGCUCCUCGAUCGGCUCCUGUGUCUGGCUUCAUGAUGCCAACUGCUUUGUCUAUUCAGGACACAUUUGAAAGCGUAUCUCGAAGAAAAUCCAUGUCCUACAAAGCAACGAGCAUGUAA